GCGACGAGAACGGACUACGAGUCCCAGGAUGCCUUGCGGCGGCGGCAGCAGCAGACGUGGCACCGCGCGGUGGUUGAGCCGAGCGGAAAGCCGGGAGGUGGCGGAGCCGAAGUCAUGGCGGCCAGAGCAGCGGGUAGCGGGGGCUGGGAGGUGGUGAAGAGGAGCCGGCGACCUGGAGCAAGCAGCGGUGGGCGAGGUGGCGGCGGUGACCGCCGGGCACUCGGAGAGGCAAAUGGAGUGUGGAAAUAUGACCUGAGCUCGCCAAUCCAGCCUACAAGCACUCUUUAUGAGCGUGGCUUUGAGAAAAUCAUGAAGCGGCAGAAUAAAGAGCAAGUUCCACCCCCUGCUGCAGAGUCUAAGAAACCAGUAAACAAGAAGCAACCCAAGAAGGUGACAGCUGUUGCUAGCCAAAACCAGAAGCAGGGCCCGUUCCGAAGCCUGGAGGAUGCACUGAAAGCUCUGGAUGUGGCAGCUCUGCAGAAGGAACUGGACAAGAGCCAGAGUGUGUUCACUGGGAACCCCUCCGUGUGGCUGAAGGACCUGGCCAGCUAUCUCAACUACAAGCUCCAGACGCCACGGAUGGAGCCCACUCUGAGCCAGUAUCCACAUGAUUAUCCCUACAGCCUCGUGAGCCGAGAACUACGUGGGAUCAUCCGGGGGCUCCUGACCAAAGCUGCAGGGUCUGUGGAGCUCUUUUUUGACCACUGUCUAUUCACCAUGCUGCAAGAGCUGGAUAAGACACCAGGGGAGUCGCUACAUGGGUACCGCAUCUGUAUUCAAGCCAUUCUGCAAGACAAGCCCAAGAUUGUCACCUCAAACCUGGACAAGUUCCUGGAGCUUCUGCGGUCCCACCAGAGCCGACCAGCAAAGUGCCUGACCAUUAUGUGGGCCCUGGGGCAAGCGGGUUUCACCAACCUCACUGAGGGACUGAAAGUGUGGCUGGGGAUCAUGCUGCCUGUGCUGGGUAUCAAGUCUCUGUCUCCCUUUGCCAUCGCAUACCUGGACCGGCUGCUCCUGAUGCAUCCCAACCUCACCAAAGGCUUUGGCAUGAUUGGCCCCAAGGACUUCUUCCCACUUCUAGACUUUGCCUACAUGCCCAACAACUCCCUGAGCCCCAGCCUGCAGGAACAGCUGUGCCAGCUCUUCCCCCGAUUGAAGGUGCUGGCAUUUGGGGCCAAGCCGGAAUCUUCCCUGCACACCUACUUCCCCUCAUUCCUGUCCAGAGCCACCCCUAGCUGUCCUGCUGCCAUGAAGAAAGAGCUCCUGGCUAGCCUGACCCAGUGCCUGACUGUGGACCCCCUCAGCACUAGUGUCUGGAGACAACUGUACCCUAAGCACCUGUCACAGUCCAGCCUGCUGCUGGAGCACCUGCUCACGUCCUGGGAGCAGAUCCCCAAGAAGGCACGGAAAUGUUGGCAGGAGACCAUUCAGUCCUUCACGCUGACCAACCAGGAGCUUCUGAAGAAGGGCAGUGGCAGCAAUGAGCAUGUUGUCACCUGUGACACAGCCUGCAAGGGCUUGCUGCAGCAGGCCCGGGGCCCUCGGCCACCCUGGGCCCGGCUGCUUCUGCUGCUUCUGGUCUUUGCAGUAGGGUUCCUAUGUCAUGACCUUCGGUCGCACAGCUCUUUCCAAGCCUCCCUCACUGGCCGGUUGCUUCAAUCAUCUGGUCUCUUGCCUGUUGCCCAGCAAGUAUGUGCCAAGCUCUACUCCUACAGCCUGCAAAGCUACAACUGGCUGCAGGAGACCUUGCCAGCCUGUGGCUCCUACCUGCUUGCUGUGAUACAGCCCAGUUUGCAGCUGGCCUGGACAUACAUCUAUGCCACAUUCAGCUUCCUUUCUGCCCACUGUGCCUCCUACCUUGCCUUCUUCAGUGACAGCCUUGCUGGUGUCUUGCAGAGGGUCCAGCUCCCUGAGGCCCUGCACCAGCUCUUCCACUCCUUGAAGGAGCUGCUGCUGCUUUUCUACCAUAGUGUGCUGCUGCCCACGUGGCACUUACUGCUUGCAGCCCUGGCCCAAGUCCAGGAGCAUUGCCACGAGGCCUGCAGAGGGGAAGUGACCUGGGACUGCAUUAAGACACAGUUCAGCACAGCUGCCCAUUGGACCUGGCUCUGCCUGCAGGAUGUCACGGUGGCUUUCUUGGACUGGGCACUCACCAUGAUAUCCCAGCAAUAGACCCUGCCUGGCUGGCCACUGGUUUCUGUGGUGGGCUAGCUACUGGAGAGUGCUGGGGGUUAGAAGAGGCAGCCCUCUCUUCACUCGGUGCCUGAGUUCUGCCUCCCAGGCAAGAGGCUAGGUGUCUCGGCCUCACUUCUCCAUCUCCUGUCUUCAGGGGACUGGGAAGAAGCUGCUCAGCCUCCUGCCCACAGGUCUGUUACAUCAGAUGUCUACUUACAUCAGGCCCAGUUGCACAUCGUCCAAGCCUCCUCUGGGCUGACAGCCUUUCUCCACUUCUCUCUCCCCUCUCCAUCCCUCCAUCUCAUCACUUAUGCCGCCACAGCCCACCUCCAGAAGAAGGGAAGUAGCCUCCCUUCCCUGUUCCUGGUCAUCACUUAAACCACAACAGAAAACGAACGGAACGGACUUCAGAAUGGCCAGCACCACGGGGGGCAGCAACAACCUCACUUCCACUAGCAGCCUGGGAGGCCAUCAAUGGACAUGCAGGCCAUGUGGACAGGCCUGUUACCUCAGAACACCCAGAACAUGCACACCUUCUAAGGAGGCCACUUGUCCCCUGCUCUGUUAGUGAGCGCCCUGGCUUCUCAACUCCAUUCUGCUCGGUACUGGGGCUCCUCUCAGUCAGAUCCGUCCACAGCACAGUCCACAUGAAGAGCAGCGCCCUUCCUCCCAUCAGCCUGCAGAAGGGAGUCAACAUGGCUCCCGGGGAGAAUAAAGGACACACACUGGGUUUCUAGCUUCCCUUUCUGAAUCUUCACAUGGAACUCCCCAUAGUUUGGGAACAGAACAGUAGAGCCUUGAGCCUCUGCCUGGGGUGUAGUAGCCAUAGCUGAGCUUCUGUCUGGGGGUCUACCAUUACCACUCAAAACUAGGCUCCCAGGGUUCAGUUGGUUUUAGUGAUUUUGUCUGACUUGAUGAUUCCUAUCCAAAAAUGUACCUCAGUGUGAUUGGGAAGGCAGGAGCAGAGCAGGGUGGUCUCCUAAUCCUUAAUUUAUUAAUUGGCUCGCUGUACAAGGCAGUGGGUUUAGAACUCCAAAAGGGGAAACCAGGGCUUACACCAGUUUCUGUUUUGGUUUGAGAUAGUGCAUUGCAGAGAUGAGUGUUCUCAUCUCUUGGGCCUUGGUGACUAAGAAGUGUUGCUUCUCCGGCAGCGCCACAGGUCAGCAGCAGCCACUUCCUUUAGAACCCCUUUCCCAUGGCACCUGGAGAUGCCCUCUGUCCCUUCCCCAAGUGAAACUUUGAAGACAUCUUGACCCAGUUUAUACACCCUGGCCUCUGGCUUUUGCUACUUAUUUUAGGAAGCCACAGAGGCUGCUCCUGGCUGGCCCCUGGCAGUUAAUCAUGUCCUGUUGUUCCCAGUGAGAAAAAGCUCCGGCCAUCCAAGGACCAAACACGGCCAGCUAGGUCAGAUUGUCCAAGUGCCCCACAUGUUCUGUGUGUUCUUGUCAGUCAGCCACAAACAGUUCAUUCACCCUACCUCAUGUGUUGGAGAGGACAGCCAGGAGCAGCCACAGCACAGGCCCAGGCUACCAGAAGAGUUAAGGAUGCUAACCUGGUUCAUUUUUUAAUCCAACGACCUUAGCCGUGCCCUCGUGUGUUUCUGGCUUCUCUUCUGCAGUGGUUUAACUUGGGCUCAUAAUUUCUGGUACUAAAAUCCUUAAAUAUAUUUUUUUCAACUUAAAUCA